CCGUUAGGAGGACAUACUGUCUUGCAGGUCCUUGUUAUCGUCUUCCUCACUGGAUCACUUUCUAUUGUCACGGUUGUUGGCAACAUCCUAGUGAUGGUGUCAUUCAAGAUCAAUAAGGCACUGAAGACAGUGAACAACUACUACCUGCUUAGCCUAGCAUUUGCUGACCUGACUAUCGGCACCCUGUCAAUGAACCUGUACACCAUUUACAUCAUCAUGAACCAGUGGGCCCUGGGGCCGGUGGUCUGUGACUUGUGGCUCGCAAUAGACUAUGUGGCAAGUAACGCCUCAGUCAUGAACCUGCUUGUUAUCAGCUUUGACAGGUAUUUCUCUGUUACCAGACCUCUGACAUACCGGGCCAAGCGCACAACCAAGCGAGCCAUGACCAUGAUAGGAUUAGCCUGGUCCAUCUCUUUCAUUCUCUGGGCCCCAGCCAUCCUGUUCUGGCAGUACAUCGUGGGUGAGCGAACCGUUACGCCCAAUCAUUGCUACAUCCAGUUCCUGUCUGAGCCAAUUAUCACAUUCUGCACUGCUAUUGCUGCUUUCUACUUGCCAGUAAGUAUUAUGACAUUCCUGUUUUGGAAGAUAUAUCAGGAGACAGAAAAACGUAAUAAAGAUAUGCAAAGUCUCAGGGGAGCUGGAGUUGGCAAAAGCUCAAGCCAGGCUCAGAAUCAAGGAACCAUGCAACGCCAAAUGAGCUCUCAAAGCUGCAGCAGCGAUGAACUUAACCAGUCGGCUUCUGAGAAGAACAACAAGGAAAAUACCAGCAUGGCAGGAGGAACAGGAAGCAGAGGGAGGUGUGGCUCAUCGUGCUGCUUCCAGUUUUCAUCACUGUUGCCAGGUCGCCAUGCAUUCAAAAGGUCCGUCAACACCACGAUAACUACUGUGGGUGAAGCAGAGCAGAGCAGCAGUGAAAGCCUCAACAUUGAAGCCGGUGGCUCUGGGGACCAGUCCGGUUCAGACGACGAGGCUGAAGGUGGUAAGAAAUCUAGAAAGGGGAAGAACAACAAGGACAAACAAUCAUCGUCCAACAAAAGUCGGAAAGAGUCCCAAACCAACCCUGCCUCCCAGUCACCUGCAGCUAUCACCAUGAAGGAUGCGGCGAUGGCAAAACGCUUCGCCUCCAAGGCCAAGACAGAGAUCAAUAAGCGCAAGAAUGAAAAAAAGGCAAAUGAAAAAAAGGCAAAUGAAAAUAAAGCAGCUCGGACACUCAGCGCCAUCCUCGUGGUCUUCAUCACCACAUGGUUACCAUACAACAUAAUGGUGCUGGUCAGCACUUUCUGUACCAACUGUAUUCCAGAAACCCUUUGGUCACUGGGCUACUGGCUGUGUUACGUUAACAGCACAAUCAAUCCCAUCUGCUACGCCCUGUGUAACAAGACCUUCAGGACCACUUUCAGGGAUAUUCUGAUGUGCCAGUGGAAUCAAAAGAAGACCCAGCCUACUUUUCAGCAGAGAAAAGCUUUGGCCUUAAAGAAGAAAGACCCAAUCUAA